AUGGAGCCGGCCCGGGAGCCCCCCGCGCGCACCCGGCCGCCGCCGCCUCCCGCCGUUCGCCCCGCGCCAGCGCCUGCCGCCCCCAGGCCGCGCUCGCCCGCCGAGGCGGAGGGCCGCGGUCCAGAGGGGCUGCUGCGGCGAUCGGGGUCGGGCUACGAGGGCAGCACCAGCUGGAAAGCGGCCUUGGAGGACACCACCACGCGUCUCCUGCUGGGGGCCAUCGCAGUGCUUCUGUUCGCCAUCCUGGUGGUGAUGAGCAUCUUGGCCUCCAAGGGCUGCAUCAAGUGCGAAGCGCCCUGCCCGGAGGACUGGCUGCUGUACGGAAGGAAAUGCUACUUCUUCUCGGAGGAACCGAGAGACUGGAACACGGGCCGGCAGUACUGCCACAGCCACGAAGCGGCACUUGCUGUGAUCCAGAGUCAGAAAGAGCUGGAAUUCAUGUUCAAGUUCACACGGAGGGAGCCCUGGAUCGGCCUGCGCAGAGUAGGGGAUGAAUUCCACUGGGUCAACGGGGACCCAUUUGACCCGGACACGUUUCCCAUCGCGGGCCCGGGGGAGUGCGUCUUCGUGGAGCCCACCAGGCUGGUGUCGACAGACUGCCUGAUGACCCGGCCCUGGGUGUGCAGCAAGAUGGCCUACACGUGA